AUGCCAUCAUCGCCGUUACCUGGAAGUGUUAGGAAAGAAACAAAACAUUAUUGUCAACUUCACCCUCCGAAAGUUUGGGUCGUGCAUUUUUCACGGAAGACAAGUGGAACUGAAAACUAUCUAGAAAAUCGGAAAGCGUUAAAAUGCCUUCGUGAAUAA